AUGGGAGCCAAGGUGUGCAGUGAGCUUAGCGGGCGCGAUGGCCCUGUCGAAGCUCCCUUAGUCCACUCCCACGCACCGAAUCCACCAAAUUGGUCCUAUGCGCCGAAUCCACCAAAUUGGUCCCAUGCGACGAAUCCCCCAGCCCACGCUCAUCCAAACCCGCAGUUUGAGAUGCCUGGGGCAUGGCCCUCCUACCCAAGUCGGCCCCCCAACCCGGCCCUCCCUGUGGUAGCCCGCACCGUGCCACCUCCAAACCACUGGGGCGGGACGGCUACGGCUCCACCUGCCACGUCCGCGGUGCUGCUGCGGCAAGCUGACGGCCACGCAGAGGUCCGAGUUUUCGCUCAACCUGCAGCUGGGGCAGUGGUGAGUGUCAUCCCCAGCGGCAGCCAUGGCGAAGCGCUCGCCUGGCAGGGUCAAUUUGUGCAGGUGCGGUGGGGCCGGGUUUGUGGCUGGGUGGGUGCCAAGAAUGUGGUGAUGGGCGCUUCCACAGUUGGCAGCCAGAGCGCUGCAGCAUCUCCAGCUUCAAGCCACUCAAGCCCCUCCAGGCUGAACGUGAGUCAUCCGAGCCCUGGCCAGCCUGGCCCAGAUGGGCUCAGCUUCGCCUCCCCGCAAGCGGGGUGUCUGCCGCGCCGGUCUGACGGCUUCGACUGGAUUCGCAAGGCCAACGCUGAGGAAGACCGCCAGCUGCGCCGCGCCGGAGCUGAGCAGACGCUGGCGGCCGUGCAGGCGGGGGGCUAUGCCCUGGAUGGCCGUCGGGUGGCGCUCAGUGCCGUUGGCGCCGUGCGGCUCGUUGUGCAGCCGGGCCCUUUGAGACAAGGAAGCUGCAGCACCACCUUCUUCCGGCACCCGCCGGGCGCUUUGAUGGAUGUCGCCUCCUCCAGAGCUGCAGCGGGCGUUUCUGUGGCGGCGGUGAACGCCGCCUCGGCCUACCACUCCGGGGGCGGCUUCCUCACUGGAGGGCGCCACGCGCUGGAGGAGUCCAUUUGCAUGCGCUCCACGCUGUUCCAAGGGCUGCGGCGCGCAGAGGCCAUGGCGAAAUCGCAGCAGAUUGCGGCAAGCGCCUACUGCACGCCGCCCUGCAGCAGAUCUGGGGAGCCUUGGACUUGCCACAUCCCUGAGAGGGGCUGCGUGGUGGUGUCCUCUGUGGAGAUGUUUCGAGGCUCCACGGAUACUGGGUACCCCUUCCUCCCCAAGGCGGCUACCAUGGGCGUGGUCAGCGUGGCAAUGCCCAACCGCAACCCGCAGGUGCGAGAUGCGCCGCUGGAUGCCCCGCAGGACACGGGCGACUACUGCGCUUUGGUGCAGCAGAAGUUGGACUCGCUGCUGCAGGCGUGCCACGACCUGGCGCGCGAAGGUGCUCUGGUGGUGCCGGACAUGGGCUGCGGCGCCUACGGCAACGAUCCUCGGGAGGCGAUCGGGAGUCCAGCGCCCUGUUUUCCCCUUGAAGGGGGGUUCCAUGGGGUUCCUUUGAAAUCAGCUACCCCAAGAAUGUGUCUUGUCUCCCAUGUCCGCUUAAAGGAUGCAUUUGUGGCGGUCUUUGAGGGCUUCCUUUUGUUGGUUGUUUUAGAGAGAAGGUUCCCUGGAGACAAACCCAUUUGGCCAUUCAAACAAUCACCCAAAUACCAGCUGAUUGAUGGGAUCCAACUCCUUGUAAAGCAGGUGGUUUUUGGAUGCAUCCUUUCAGGAACUGUCAAAGUUGUUGUAUUUUGA